AUGGAGACUUAUCUGAAAAGGAAGAAGUGGGUAGCUAUAGGGUUUCUGUUGAUCCACUCCGUCGCCAUUCUGAUCUUCACGCGUGGGUUUCUUCUCACUCGAACAGAGCUUCCUUUUCACAGUACUUGCUCCGACGUUUCCCGCUCUCCUUGCCUUGCUUCUUCACUCCCGAAUCAUGAUUCAAACUCCGUUCAUGGGUCUAAACAGAACCAGCCGAAAUGUUGGACCAAACCGGUUGUUGAUCGCGUCGUUAUCAUUGUCUUGGAUGCUCUCAGAAUCGACUUUGUUGCCCCGAGUGCUUUUUUCCCAGAAGCAAAGCCAUGGAUGGACAAAUUGACAAUCUUGCAGAUGCUUGCAUUUGCUAACGAAUCGUCUGCUAAGAUCUUUAAGGCUUUUGCCGAUCCUCCUACAACGAGUUUGCAGCGUCUCAAGGGAUUAACAACUGGAGGGUUGCCUACUUUUAUCGAUGUUGGGAACAGUUUCGGUGCUCCUGUUAUUGUUGAGGAUAAUUUCAUUAAUCAGCUAGUGCUGAAUGGGAAACGGUUGGUGAUGAUGGGUGAUGAUACUUGGACACAGUUGUUCCCAAACCAAUUUCAAAAGUCAUAUCCUUUCCCUUCGUUCAAUGUUAAAGAUCUGGAUACUGUCGACAACGGAUGUAUUGAGCACCUAUUCCCAACCCUUUACGAAGAUGAUUGGGAUGUUCUAAUUGCGCACUUUCUUGGCGUGGACCAUGCAGGGCACAUAUAUGGAGUAGAUUCCGUCCCAAUGAUUAAAAAGUUGGAGCAAUAUAAUUCAGUUUUAGAGAAAGUCAUAGAUAUAUUGGAGAGCCAGGCGAGACCUGGUGGUUUGCAUGAGAGUACUAUGCUUAUCGUAAUGGGUGAUCAUGGGCAGACAUUAAAUGGGGAUCAUGGCGGAGGGACUGCUGAAGAAGUAGAAACAGCCAUGUUUGCCAUGAGUACGAAGAAGCAUACAACUCCGGUUCCUCCCGAGUUUGAUACCGCAUCUUGUAGACAGAAUUCGGAUGGGAAGCAGAUUUGCAUCAGCUCCAUCGAGCAGCUUGAUUUUGCGGCAACAUUGUCAGCUUUGCUUGGGAUAUCCUAUCCUUUUGGAAGCAUCGGACAUGUCAACCCUGAGCUCUAUGCCCUUGGUUCCAACAAGUGGAAUUUGGAUGACUUUGAGUUGGGCAAUUUUGGCGCCAAAUCAGCAGUGAAAGAAUGGAUGGAAAAUUAUGUGAAUGUCCUCUGUGUCAAUGCUUGGCAGGUGAAAAGGUAUAUAGAUGUUUAUUCUAAUUCAUCCGUUGUUGGUUUCUCUUCCGAUGAUAUGUCGAGGAUAUCGGAUCUAUAUUCCGCCGCGGAACAGAGUUGGUCUAAGUCUGUCAAGCACAUAUUGAUGGAUAGUAAUGGAGAUGAGAACAGUACAAAGAUAUCUGCCCUUAAAGACCAAAUUGCUGCAUAUUUGAGUUUCUUCUCAAGCGUUGUGGAACUUGCACGGUCUAAGUGGACAGAGUUCAAUCUGAAUCUAAUGAUUACUGGGUUUGCGAUAUUGGUUAUAUCACUCAUCCUUCAGUCUCUUGCUAUCUUUCAUGGCGAUAAAACUUAUGCAGUGGAUUCUUGGUUAUCUACUGGUGCAGCAUUCACUCUCUUCAUAGUACUGAUUCGUGCUUCCAGCUUUCUUUCAAACAGCUAUAUUUUGGAAGAAGGAAAAGUUGCAAACUUUCUCCUGGCAACAACUGGACUUAUCAGGCUGCGUUACUCGGUCAUGAGGAAAACUAUGCGGAAAGAAGGUGUUAUAUUUCUUGCUAUGGUUUCUGUUCUGAGAGUUUCUAUAGAUAUUGGGUUAACAAAGCAAGCUGCAACGUCUCAGUUUAUGAGUAGCUCACCAUCGUGGAUGCUAGGGAUAACUCCAGACCAUCCAGCUUUGACUUAUGCGACCGAACUCGCACCAAUUCUAUCGGUGUUUAUACUCAUUUGCGUGCUCUACUUAGCGGUUGCUAGAACACCUAAUGAGGGGUUGUGGAAGUAUGUUACUGUUGGUAGCAUGAUAAGCUACUUCUUGAUAGCAUUGCUCUGGGCUUCGGAGAGCGAUAUAUUUGGUUUGGAUGGUUUACUUGACGUGACUGGAGGAAGAAACCGCAUCCCUCAAACGGUUUAUGUAAUUGCAUUGGUGCAGCUCUUCGUUCUAGCUUCCGCGCGUAUGUUUUGCGCUGGAAAUGACAAGAAUUGGGCCAUCAGAACCGUCGCUCUUGUAUCUGCUUGUAGCUCGCCAGUGAUUCUCUUGUCGGGGAAGCAAGGAUCAAUGCUUGCAUUAGCAUAUUUGCUGGCAGGGUAUUGUAUAAUGAGGCUGGAGGGUGUAGAGAGGAGAAGCAAAUCAGAUGGACAGAAAAAUUUCUCGAAGCUAAAUCCUCUCUCUGUGGUGCAAUGGACUCUUCUUUCUAUAUGCAUGUUUUUCGCCAGCGGCCAUUGGUGCGCCUUCGAUGGUCUUCGUUAUGGAGCAGCUUUUGUUGGGUUUGACGAGUUUGUGCUUAUACGACAAGCCAUCCUUUUGACGAUUGAAACAUUUGGAUUCUCGAUCAUCCUUUCUGUAUUUGGACUUCCUCUCCUCAUACCGAUCCGCUCUCAAACUCCUCAGGCUCAUGGAGAAAAGCGCCACCUGCUGUUUCAAAUGUAUAUGCUCUAUGGAGUUAUAUCCGCGACUACUGUAGCGGCAACGAUCCUCUGCGUCACUAUCCACAGAAGACAUCUGAUGGUUUGGGGUUUGUUUGCUCCAAAGUUUGUCUUCGACGUUGUUGGUCUCAUCCUCACUGAUCUCCUCAUCUGUUUGGCUUCAGCUUAUUAUCUUUGA